CACACGUGAAACUUGCUAAGAGUUCGGUCAAAGCCUGGCAAUUCUAGACCCCCGACCCGAGUCAAACUUUUAGCAGGCAGGUUUAGUACCACGUCGCCUCAUGCUAUUACCAGACUUGUGACUGUACAUAGAGAAUGACAAGGAUAGCUCCAGAAGUCGUGGAUUUGACCGCCGAGUCUGGGCGCGCCAUUUCUUCGGCUGCUGCUCGCUUGCAAAAACGUCCCGCGUCGCCGAGUGGGCAGCAUGAUGGUCUCCAUAAGCGGGCAAAGGAGGCGCUGGCUGAACUGGCACCAGGCCCGCGUCGGCUUAAUAAGCGUGCCUUGGACUCAGAGGAGCGACCGCAGAGCACCGUCAUGGACCGCGCGCUCCAGGCCUCUGAGCUCGAAAACAGCCUAAAAAGCAUGUCGGGCGCUCUACGGUGGCGCAGUCCUGUCAAGCCUCACAAGCUCGCGCGGCUGGGCGAGGGGCUCCCGGGCCGCCGCACGGCGGUCCGCGGCAUCGUGGACGUGGACGAGGAGGGCGGCCAGGCAGGGCAGCUGCCACAGCAGCCGCUGCCACAGGGCCACCGGAGGAGCUCCGGCGGCAGCGCCACUGCUGCUGACGGGGCGGCGGCGUGCCAGGGUGGUAGCUCUGGAGCUGGGGCAGCAGCGUGCAAGCAGCAGCAUGUGACCGUGUGCGGCAGCGCCAGCGCGGCACAGCAACAGGCGCCACCAGGGCAGCAGCAGCAGGCGCAGCAGCCCGAAUGGGGCGCGCUGUUCACGGCGCUAAGCCUGGGCGGAGGCGGCGGGCGCAGCAGCCAGCGGGCCGACCCCAUUUGGGCGGCGGCGAGCAUGAACCGCGGCGGUUGCGGCGGCGCGGGCGACGGAGCUGGAGUGCGGCGGCCUGGCGCGACCGCAGAUGCGGCGCCGGCUGCCUCGGCACUAGGCGCACCCGCCCGACCAGCCGCGCAACCCGCCCGCCUGCAGCCUCCCGCAAACGCGCCGAUCGCGUCCGGUGGCGGCGCCUCCUGGCGCAGAAACCUCAGCACCUCUAGUGGCGCCCCCGCAGCGCCCAGCACGUUCGCCCUAGCGCCCACACCCGCAGCCGCAACUUGCCACAGUGACAGUGGUUGUGCGGCGGCGGCGACGCAACUGGAUGGGGCGAUGGAGGAGGACGCAGCGGGCACAGGAUGCAGCCGCGCUGCGGCAGUGAACACGGGGGCGGGAUCGCAAACAAGCGCGGCCGUAGCCGCUAUUGAGCCGGAUGCGGCAGCUGCGGCGGCUAGCGGCAUGGACUUGGACAUGGCCAUAGAAGACCGAAGCACGACGGCGGGGUCGAUGGCGGCUGCCGCGGCGCCUGCUAGGCCGCGGGGCGGGUUUCUCAUGUCGGAGUUCAACCGGCUCCGGGCCUUCGGAGCGGGCCCGCCCGCAGUCCUUGGGUAGACAGGCAGCCCGCACGGCCGCACACGUUUGGGAAGCCUGUGAGCCGGUGUAGUUACGGGACUGUGCGCGCGCACGUAGGACCGCCGUAUUUAAUUCUUAGAGUGAAUGCCCGGUUAAUGAUGGACCGGAUGACUAGGGCGUGUGGUAUUAACGCGGUCGCGUCACUCACGAUACUUGAUACGGACUUGCGGUGAUCUUUUCAUUCUUACGUGUGAUACCGCACGCUUCGUGUGAUGCCUCUUACCCUGAAGCCGAAACAUGCUGUGCACUGGGCUUGGUAUAGAGCUUUGUAUGAACUUGAUACCGUAUACUAAGGUUCAGGAGCUACAUCAGUUUUGCGCGUAGCACUUGCUACGGCACCCGCCAUAUUUCAAGGGUAAUACGUUUGGUGAGUCACUGAGUCGGAACACAUUUAUGGACGUGAUAAGACCAUGGACGCGUGAUGGUGUUCAGUAAACAUGAUGACACGAACGCGCGCCAUCCGCAGAGGAUGUAGAUAAGCAGCUUGCCAUCACCCACAAACUUAGGCCAGGCAAUGCCGUACACCGAAGACAACCGAGUACUGGCUGCAUUCGUCGGGGGCGGGCUGAGGCUCGGACACAUGAGUGCAUAGCGUUAGACACGCGCAUGGAAGAUGGUGGAUGGCGCACAGGAGCCGACGUAUGAGUGCGAUAUGCGCAUGUAAUGGAUGUGCCUC